AUGCAGUACUAUGCUAUGCCUAUCCAUAUGCUCGCCCCAGAGGCUCCUCCGUUCAUUCCUUUCUCCAAUCUUAACUCCCGCCCCGAUCUCAUCUCCCUCGAGGACGCUCGUCGCGAUCCUGCCAUAGUUUACGGAUCCUUCGAUCGAUUGACCCGAACGCCUCCCGUACCAAGGCGUGAACGAAAGCCGUCGACGUCGUCCGUGUCCUCCGUGUCGGCGGGCUCUAGUGCCGGUUCCCCGUCGCCCUCACACAAAAAGCCUUCACACAAGCUUCACCCCGUUCACUUCCGAGGAAAGUGGGGCAUUGUUCCCGUUAAUGCGACUGAAGCUCGCUGCGACUCUCAGUGCCCGGCCGAUGACGACUGCGAGUCGAGCCUGGCAGAGCCUCUCCGCGAGAACCAGCACUCGUCGGUGCGUGACAACUGGUUCUAG